AUGAUAGUAAAAGAAAGAGAGUUAAUUGAAAACCAACCCAAGGCAGAAGAAGAGGGGAAAAUUCCGGUGUUAACUGUGCUGAAGAACAACGCAAUCCUGAAGAACAUCUUCAUCGUGAACAAGCCACAAGAAGAAAAGGAGUCACGUGAUGAUCACGAGGACAUUCUCCUCGUCGGUCGUCAUCCCGAUUGCGACCUCAUGCUCACGCACCCCAGCAUCAGCAGAUUCCACCUCCAGAUUUGCUCCAAACCCGCUUCUAAAACCUUCUUCGUCCUCGAUUUAUCUUCCGUGCAUGGGACGUGGGUGUCUGAGAGGAAGAUUGAGCCUAUGGUGAACGUGGAGAUGAAGGAAGGUGACACGCUCAGGAUUGGGGUUUCGAGUAGGGUUUAUCGUCUGCAUUGGAUUCCGAUUAGUCGUGCCUAUGAUUUGGAAAACCCCUUCUUAUCACAAUUGGAUGUCGUUGUGGAAGAAGAAGAAGAAGAAGAAGGAGGAGGCAAGAGUCAUGCUGAGCUUUGUUUGAUCCAUGUACAAGCAAGCACCCUUGGUGGGAUAAGGGUUGUUUUGCUGUUUUCUAACUUGAAUUGCUGCCUAGCUGAAAACGAAGAAAUUGAAUCAGUAGAUUCAAUUCUUAAGGAUACCAAUUCCUUAUCACUUGAUGAGAAUGUGGAAAUAAUUGUGAAAGAAGAGAUUCCCUUGGCAGCUGGUAUGCUGGAAGAUAUGGUUUCUUUAUGUUGCGAGGAAGAAAGGAAGCGCCCAUCAAAAGAGGAUGAUCUUUAUGGAACUAAAACAUCAUAUUUGCCUUUGAUAUCUGGGGUUGAAAACGAAUUGUAUGAUUCUCCACCUUAUGUUGAAUCAGUUGCUGAAACAUUGACAGAGAAUUUGUCUGAGAAUGUAUAUUUGCCAGCUGCGGAGGCUGUUUUGGGGACCAAAGUGCAGCAAUUCCAUGCUCCACCUGAUACAUUUGCUUCACCAUUACCUUCUGGUCUAGAGAAUUCAUUUGAAAAACAUUAUUCCAGCUUGCCUAUAAAUACAUCUCCGGCACCUCUUAAUGACAAAAGUGAAGCUGAAGCUGUAAUAAUACCUUCUACUAAAGAAUUUGAAUCUGAAUGUACACUCAGAGAUGAUGGGAGUGUUACAGAUGCUUUUACUGCUGGAGCUGGAAUUUUCAAUUCUGAGAACAGCCUGAACAGGCUUCUGCCUGCUGAGGAAGCUAUGUCUGGCACCAAAUUUCAACAAAUUAAAGUUCUUGAGGAAGUUGAAUUGAAUUCUUCAUCCGAUGGAGAAAAACAAUACACAUGGUCACCACCACAGCUGCUGAAUGAUCAAUUUUGUCAUGAUCAAGGGAACUCACUCGAUGAAACAGCUCAAGAUAUUCAAAAUAAGCAGACAGGUAGCAUCUCUCCCAAAUCAUGUCAGUUAGAGUCGGUCAAUUUGUCAAUGCCCAAGGAAGCAGUUUUGAAUUUUACAAAUGAGAACCAGACCCUGCAGCCUGAUAUGGAAACCCUUGAAAGCAGUGUGAAAGCAAUGAAGAAAAAUUCAACAACUCGUAAUAUUUGGUCAAGAAGAGGUAAAGCUACUAGUGCUCCUCAGGUUCGAACUAGCAAGAGUAUACUUAAUAAGAGAACAGCCAAUGUUGACACUGAGGUUGCAACGAGCAAUGAGAAGGGUAAUAUAAGUACAACAAUACUGAAGAAUCUCUCCUCUGUUCUGGAUAGAGAAGUAGAAGUAGAAGAAGUAGAAGAAGAAGAAAUCUUCACUCCAGACAAAGAGAACUUCAGUCCAAAUGCCCUUCAGUUGCGAUUUUUGAAGAAGGGUGAGCUAGAAGAAAUUAAACAUCCCAAGUCACAAAGGUCACACAAUUCAAAGGAUGAAUUUAAUCUUCACAUCCAUCCAACUGAAAGCAUUGGCGCCACUUUAUGCAAAAAGAACCAGAGGGAGAUCAUAAAUAAAAAUAUGUCAAAGAAUCUUUUCUCAGUUUUGGAUGGGGAAGAAGAUGAACGGGUAGAAGUCUAUACUCCAGAUAAGGAAAACUUCAGCCCGAAUUUCCUUCAAUUGCGGCUUCUGAAAAAGAAGGGUGAGGUAGAAGAAAUUAAAUGUUCCGAGUAUCCAUGGCCUCAAAAUUCAAAGGAUAAUUUUUCUUGCAACAUGUAUCCAGCUGAAAACACGAGCCCCACCUCAAACAAAGAGAAUCAGAUUCCAAAAGGAGCGCAAUAUCAAAAGUUGCAAAGAAAGCCUUUCAGCGGCCAUAUCAAGUUGGGACAGGAGCAAGAUGUUAUGACAUUUACGGACAGAGUGAAAAGGGUACCCUUCCAAUCACUAAAGAACCCAGGAGAUGAGAGAAAAUCAGGCACUUUGUGUCCUGUUUCUGCUGCAAAAAGCUUUGAUUUGAGUGAUUGUGGACAAAUUUUAGACCAGCAUAUUAACCCUUCUGAUAUUAAUGGGAAGAAAAAGAAGAGCUGGAAGAUGGUUGUGGAUACUACCUCUCUUCUGAACAAGGAAUCUAGGAAAGCUCUGCAGCUUUUACAGGGUCUAAAGGGAACGCGGUUAAUUAUUCCGAGAUUGGUCAUAAGGGAACUGAACAGUAUGAAGCGGCAGUUCACAAUUUUCAGAAGAAUUUCAGAGGCUUCUUUGGCAUUAGAAUGGAUUGAAGAAUGUAUGGUGAAGACAAACUGGUGGAUUCGUAUCCAUAGCUCCGUGGAGGAAGGAGGGUUGAUUGCUCCAACCCCACCAGCUUUCCCUCAGACUCAGUUUAGUGAAGAGAGGACUUUUCUUGGUGGGAGUGGGAGUGAGAGGGAGAGUGGGAGUUCGCAGCCUCUUUCAUCCCAUAAGUUCAUGGAUAUUGCUUCACCAACACUUGAAGAUCACAUCCUUGACUUUGCUCUCCUAUAUAAAAGAAAGCAUCAUGAUGGCCAACUUGCCCUGCUUAGUGAGGAUGUCACUUUGAAAAUCAAAUGCAUGGCAGAGGGAUUGCUAUGUGAGCCAGUGCAGGAGUUUCGUGAGAGUCUAGUGAAUCCAUUCUCGGAGAGGUUCUUGUGGACCAACAGCUCUCCUCGAGGACACACUUGGUCUUGCCAAGAUGAUGUAGUUUUGAGGGAGAAAUAUUGUCCUUUGCCUUUGAGGAAGUCAUCAAAGGGACCUGCAAGCGGUUUGAAGCUCAUUCUGCUUCACAAUUCUCAAUAUGGGCACUGA